UUUGGCCUCCUGAUCAGACCUCUUGAUCGUCUCCAGUCUCCCCGGUCUCGUGUUGAAGCCAUAGUAAGAGCAUCAAGAACAGUAUUCUAUCUGUUCAGUGGUGUUUGAGGUGUUAAGUAAGAGAGACAGAGAACAUUGUUUGUUAUACCAAGUAGGCAUUGCCCUGACCACCAAUUCUGCACAGUAUGGCAAGCAACAAAUCAGUUGAGGAAAUGAGGACAGAAAAUGUUGUGAGAUGCUUAUACCCAUGCCCUGGAGCAAUUUUUAAGCUGAUUUGCUUCCCAUGGGCAGGAAGCGGAUCUACCCAUUUUGCAAAAUGAGGCAAAAGUUUUCAUCAUUCAAUAGAAGUUUCCUCUAUAACGCUUCCUGGAAGAGGAAAUCGAUCUAAUGAGCCAUUUGCAACAAGCUUGGAUCAUGUAGCUGCUGAAAUUUCUAAUGCUUUACUGCCAAUGCUCCAGAAUGUUCCUUUUGCAUUUUUUGGUCACAGCAUGGGAUCAUAUAUUGCUUUUAUGACAGCUCUACACUUAAAAGAAAAUUACAAGUUAGAACCAAUGCAUUGUUUUGUGUCAAGUGCAACUCCUCUACAUAAAAUCACCCAUUUCCACUCUUCAAGUUUUUCUGGGAUAUCAGAAGAGCAAUUAUUUAAUUUUACCACGAAUAUUGGUGGCAUUUCCAAGGACCUUCUUGAAAACAAAGAACUUUUGGAAAUGUUUCUUCCUGUUUUAAAAGCAGAUAUUCAAAUGAUACAGAAUUUCAACUUUGUCAAAUCAUCAAAGACACUUCUUUCUUGUGAUAUUACAUGUUUUUCUGGGACUGAAGAUAUAGCAGAAGAAAUGGAAGGCUGGAAGGACCUAACCAGUGGGAGUGUUGAGACGCACAAGUUUCCUGGAAAUCACUUUUAUCUCACUAACCCUUCCAAUGAGACUUUCCUCAUAAACUACAUAACCAGAUGCUUUGAAAUUUCAUACUGUGCCUAAGGCUCAGAGUUUUGAUUGUUGGUGGAGGGCAAAUUACAUAUCCUUUACAUAGUAAUCUAAGGCAAUCAAAGUGAUUGUAUAUUUUUAGUUCAUUCUAGUCUUAUCAACAGAUUAAAAGCUAUGCUUAAAAAAAACUAUCAGGGUGACUUGUUAAAUCUAAAUAUCCUUCUUGCCAUAUGCCAUAAUAAACCUGGACCCUUCCAAACACAUCAAUAAUGUACUAGACAGUCAAAUUGUGUUGUUUCUCUUUAUAUUAGGAUCAUUCAAUUUUUCAUUGAUAAAGCAUAUGUAUACUUUUCCCAUUAUUUUAGCUAUGGAAAUAAUGUUGAAGAAAUAAGGACUUAUCCAUGUUUCCAUCAACACACAAAUUCACAAAGCAUCUGUGAUUUCAUCCCUAUGAGGAAUUCUUGGUAGGAGAAUGUCCUCCACCAACAGAUCAAAAUCGUUCAUGUUUAAGGCCCAGGGGCUUUUCUGAAGCACAUAGUAGUUAAGUGACUUGCCUAUGAUCACCUGGCUAGUGUCAGAGGUGAAAUGAAAACCCAGGUCUUCUUACCUUGAAGUCCAACACUAUCUAUACCACACCAGGCUACUUUUCUACCAUUAACAUAUUCAGGAUCAACUUUUCUAUAGCCCUCGCCUUCUUUUGCAGUGAAGCAGGGUAAAAGUGAGAAGAGGGAAAAUAUAUUUUUGGGGCAGUUAGGUGGCACAGUGAUU